AAGUUCCUCAUCUAUAACUACCCACAGCUCACUAGCUGAUCACGAGCGAGCGAGGUCCAAGGACAGAGGGACCAACUAGCUCUACUACUCGUCAUGGCCAAGCUUUGUGUUGUCCUCCUCACCGCCUGCGCCGCCCUCCUGGCUCUGGGUGCAGCGCCGUCGCUCGCCGGUGACCCCAACAUGCUCCAGGACAUCUGCGUCGCCGACUACAUGUCCCUUCAGGGCCCGCUGAGGGUGAACGGGUACCCCUGCAAGCGGGCGGAGAACGUGACGGCGGACGACUUCUUCUUCGCCGGGCUGGCGAGCGCGGCCGACGUGUACGGCGGCGGCAACCCGAUGGGCUCCGUGGUGACCACGGCGGACGUGGAGAGGCUCCCGGGUCUCAACACCCUUGGCGUGUCCAUGUCCCGCGUGGACUACGCUCCAUGGGGCGGCACGAACCCGCCGCACAUGCACCCGCGCGCCACAGAGAUCCUCUUCGUGGCCGAGGGAAACCUGGAGGUGGGCUUCGUCACGACCGCCGGCAGGCACAUCACCCGAGGCGUGCCCAAGGGCGGGGUCUUCGUGUUCCCGCGCGGCAUGAUGCACUACGAGCGCAGCGUCGGCGAGGCGCCCGCCGUGGCGAUCUCAGCGUUCGACUGCCAGCUCCCCGGCACGCAGAGGCUCGGGGAGGCGAUGUUCGGGGCGGCGCCGGGGGUACCGACGGACGUGCUGGCCCGGGCGCUGCAGACCGACGGCGGCGUGGUGGAGAGCAUCAGGGCCAAGUUCCAGCCAAACUAGGUCACGAUCCACAAGCACGUACGUGCGCCAAAGCGUAACACACACAUUAAGGCGCCUAAAAAAAGAGUGCGUACGUGAUUUAGCGUGUGCUUCAUUUCGGCUCUUUGAUUGCACGGUAAAAGCAUACAUGCGUACGUAAAUCAUCACCACACGUCCUAUAUGUCUUCUCAUCUUGUCUGUCUUUUAGGUGAAAAGCGUCUUAAGUUUGUUGUUGAGCUGCAUGCAGGUAUCGAUGGUUUUCGUACGACGUCCUAAGUUUGUUGUAAUAUUUGCAAUGCGUGUAAAUGUAAUAAAUAAAUGCUUCCAUGAGUUUCCGGUGA